AUGCUGGCCGCCGCCUGGCUGGGCAGGGGCUCCUGGGGGCUCCUUCGCGGCGCGGCGCCGAGGCGGCCGGGCGGCGGAGCGAGGCCUCUGGGCGGCCGGCCCGGCUCGGCGGCGGCGGGAAAUGAGGCGCGGCGCGGCGGGGGCGUCUCGUGCGUGCCCGCCUGCGCGGGGCUCCCGCGGCUGCUGCGCGCGCCCGCCGCCGCCUGGCGCCUCCUGAGCGGCGGGGCCGCCCCGCCCGAGCCCCGGCCGGAGCGCGGCGCGGCGGGGCCCUACGCCGAGCUGUAUGAAAACCCCUGGACCAUCCCAAAUAUCCUGUCCAUGGCAAGAAUGGGUCUGGCGCCAGUUUUGGGCUAUUUGAUUGUUGAAGAGAAUUUCAACGUUGCCCUCGGUGUGUUUGUCCUGGCUGGCGUGACAGACCUGUUGGACGGAUUUAUUGCACGGAACUGGGCUAAUCAGAAAUCAGCACUGGGAAGUGCUCUCGAUCCCCUGGCAGAUAAAAUCCUCAUCAGUGUGCUCUAUGUGAGCCUAACUUGUGCAAACCUUAUCCCAGUUCCCCUGACUUCCAUGAUCAUCCUGCGGGACGCGGCGCUCAUUGCCGCCGUCUUUUACGUGCGAUACAAAACUCUUUCUCCACCGAGAACCCUGAGUAGGUAUUUUAACCCCUGUUAUGCUACUGCACAACUAAAACCAACAUUUAUCAGCAAGAUGAACACAGCAGUUCAGCUGAUUUUGGUGGCGGCUUCUCUAGCAGCACCUGUUUUCAAUUAUGUGGACAGCGUAUAUCUGCAGACAUUAUGGUGCAUCACAGCUUUCACAACGGUGACAUCUGGCUACAGCUAUUACCACUAUGGCAGGAAAACUGUCCAGGUGAUCAAGAACAAGUGGAGUGGUCCAGGUGAUCAAAGGUGAAGUGUUCCUGGAAAGGCAGGAAGGUGCUGUGCCCCCAGAGGUGGUGGUAUUGCAGCUGAGUUUUGGAUCAAAGCACUCUUUGUUUAUCUGCUUAAACCAUGGCAUCACAAUGAAGUGAAAUUUGAACAUGUACUGUGUAUAUAUGUAGAGACAGACUUUUUGAUGUAUUUUUAAUUUCCUGAAAAAACGAGGUUGUUUACAAAACCAAAUAAAUAAUUAGUAAAAACACA